AUGGAAGGUGGAGUCCGCGAGCUGUGGACGUCCACGGACCGCCCAGGCUCCGGAACAGUCCACGGCUCUCCCCCAGGCUCCGGAACAGUCCACGGCUCUCCCACAGGCUCCGGAACAGUCCACGGCUCUCCCCCAGGCUCCGGAACAGUCCACGGCUCUCCCACAGGAUCCGGAACAGUCCACGGCUCUCCCCCAGGCUCCGGAACAGUCCACGGACCGCCCAGGCUCCGGAACAGUCCACGGCUCUCCCACAGGCUCCGGAACAGUCCACGGCUCUCCCCCAGGCUCCGGAACAGUCCACGGCUCUCCCCACAGGCUCCGGAACAGUCCACGGCUCUCCCCCAGGCUCCGGAACAGUCCACGGCUCUCCACCAGGCUCCGGAACAGUCCACGGACCGCCCAGGCUCCGGAACAGUCCACGGACCGGCCAGGCUCCGGAACAGUCCACGGCUCUCCCCCAGGCUCCGGAACAGUCCACGGCUCUCCCCCAGGCUCCUGAACAGUCCACGGCUCUCCCACAGGAUCCGGAACAGUCCAAGGCUCUCCCCCAGGCUCCGGAACAGUCCACGGACCGCCCAGGCUCCGGAACAGUCCACGGCUCUCCCCCAGGCUCCGGAACAGUCCACGGCUCUCCCCCAGGCUCCGGAACAGUCCACGGCUCUCCCCCAGGCUCCUGAACAGUCCACGGCUCUCCCACAGGAUCCGGAACAGUCCACGGCUCUCCCCCAGGCUCCGGAACAGUCCACGGCUCUCCCACAGGCUCCGGAACAGUCCACAGCUCUCCCCCAGGCUCCGGAACAGUCCACGGCUCUCCCCCAGGCUCCGGAACAGUCCACGGCUCUCCCCCAGGCUCCGGAACAGUCCACGGACCGCCCAGGCUCCGGAACAAUCCACGGCUCUCCCCCAGGCUCCGGAACAGUCCACGGCUCUCCCACAGUCUCCGGAACAGUCCACGGCUCUCCCCCAGGCUCCGGAACAGUCCACGGCUCUCCCCCAGGCUCCGGAACAGUCCACGGCUCUCCCCCUGGCUCCGGAACAGUCCACGGCUCUCCCACAGGCUCCGGAACAGUCCACGGCUCUCCCCCAGGCUCCGGAACAGUCCACGGCUCUCCCCACAGGCUCCGGAACAGUCCACGGCUCUCCCCCAGGCUCCGGAACAGUCCAAGGCUCUCCCCCAGGCUCCGGAACAGUCCACGGACCGCCCAGGCUCCGGAACAGUCCACGGCUCUCCCCCAGGCUCCGGAACAGUCCACGGCUCUCCCCCAGGCUCCGGAACAGUCCACGGCUCUCCCCCAGGCUCCUGAACAGUCCACGGCUCUCCCACAGGAUCCGGAACAGUCCACGGCUCUCCCCCAGGCUCCGGAACAGUCCACGGCUCUCCCACAGGCUCCGGAACAGUCCACAGCUCUCCCCCAGGCUCCGGAACAGUCCACGGCUCUCCCCCAGGCUCCGGAACAGUCCACGGCUCUCCCCCAGGCUCCGGAACAGUCCACGGACCGCCCAGGCUCCGGAACAAUCCACGGCUCUCCCCCAGGCUCCGGAACAGUCCACGGCUCUCCCACAGUCUCCGGAACAGUCCACGGCUCUCCCCCAGGCUCCGGAACAGUCCACGGCUCUCCCCCAGGCUCCGGAACAGUCCACGGCUCUCCCCCUGGCUCCGGAACAGUCCACGGCUCUCCCACAGGCUCCGGAACAGUCCACGGCUCUCCCCCAGGCUCCGGAACAGUCCACGGCUCUCCCCCAGGCUCCGGAACAGUCCACGGCUCUCCCCCAGGCUCCGGAACAGUCCACGGCUCUCCCACAGGCUCCGGAACAGUCCACAGCUCUCCCCCAGGCUCCGGAACAGUCCACGGCUCUCCCCCAGGCUCCGGAACAGUCCACGGCUCUCCCCCAGGCUCCGGAACAAUCCACGGCUCUCCCCCAGGCUCCGGAACAGUCCACGGCUCUCCCACAGUCUCCGGAACAGUCCACGGCUCUCCCCCAGGCUCCGGAACAGUCCACGGCUCUCCCCCAGGCUCCGGAACAGUCCACGGCUCUCCCCCAGGCUCCGGAACAGUCCACGGCUCUCCCCCAGGCUCCGGAACAGUCCACGGCUCUCCCCCUGGCUCCGGAACAGUCCACGGCUCUCCCCCUGGCUCCGGAACAGUCCACGGCUCUCCCCCAGGCUCCGGAACAGUCCACGGCUCUCCCCCAGGCUCUGGAACAGUCCACGGCUCUCCCCCAGGCUCCGGAGCAGUCCACGGCUCUCCCACAGUCUCCGGAACAGUCCACGGCUCUCCCCCAGGCUCCGGAACAGUCCACGGCUCUCCCCCAGGCUCCGGAACAGUCCACGGCUCUCCCCCUGGCUCCGGAACAGUCCACGGCUCUCCCACAGGCUCCGGAACAGUCCACGGCUCUCCCCCAGGCUCCGGAACAGUCCACGGCUCUCCCCCAGGCUCCGGAACAGUCCACGGCUCUCCCACAGGCUCAGCCCUGACUCUGGCCCGGACUCCGGCCCUGACUCCGGCCCUGACUCCGGCCCUGACUCCGGCCCUGACUCCGGCCCUGACUCUGGCCCGGACUCCGUCCCUGACUCUGGCCUCGCUCCAGCCCUGA